AUGGGGAAAAAGGCGCGAGGACGUGGCGGCCACCGCGGCCGCGGCCGCGGCGGCCCCGCACGCGGGCGCGCCCAUGGCCGCCCUCGUCAUGCACAGGGCAUGGAUAUGGACCUAAUGGCGUUUGUUGAGCUGCACGGUAAAGAGAUGACCCAAAACGCAUCCGGCACGGAGCGCAGGCGCGGCGCGCGUGGCGGCUCGCGCGGUGGCGGACGCGGGCGCGGAUCGCGCGGCGCGAGAGGACGUGGCGGCGGCCUGUCUAUGACGUCGCAGAACCGCGUUCCGUUCGAUUACCGGGCCGCCAACCGCAACGGCAACGGGCCGCGCGCGCUGAACGCCACAGACCGCGAGCAGGACUGGGAGCUCGAAGAGAAUGUGACUAUGGAGGAUAGCGACGAAGACGAUGACGACGAUGACGACGAUGAUGGAGAUGACGAGGAAGACAUUGUCAUCGAGGCCCACAAGUCCGUGGAGAAAAGUGUGCCGGCUCGUCGCCGAAUGGAGGGCCUGUACCUCAAUGAGCACCAGCAAGUGGUCGAGAAGAAAGAGUACAAUGUGCUGGCUAUGCUCAAGCAUGCGAAUCCUCUGCGGCGCCCCAUCCUGUUUGUCAAGGCGUCGGGGGUGUACGACAAGGGCGAUGCAUCGCCUGCGCCACCUGCUGCAGCGCCCCAGCCUGCACCCAAGGCAGCCAGCAAGCCCAAGCCGGCCGCCAAGGCACCACCCAAGACGGCUGCGCCAGCUUCUGAGCCACCUGCGAAGUCCAGGACUGCCAACGAGUCCGGGUCCUCGCGCGAUGGACCUCGGCCUGCGUCCGGCCCACCUAGUGCGUCGAGCGCGCCUGCUCGCUCGCCGAAGCGUGCGAGGCAGGCGCCGCGCUCCGACUGGACCGACGACUUUCUGUCGCUUCGCCUCGCAGACCAGAUCCUUGAGAGUGAGGCGCCUCGGAAGCCGGUGUCGGAGCAAGACGCCAUUCUCGCCGACUGGCUCGAGAAUGCCAUGCUGGGCGAUAUGACGUUGGAUGUGCCGGGCAUGCCUGGGAUCGCGACCGAUCCGUUUGGCCCUGCAACGACGCUGGAAGAUAUCGCGAUCGACGCACACGAGCGCGAGCAAGAGGCAUGGGAGAGCGGGUCCGACAGCGACAUGGAGAGCGACGACAUCGACGACUGGCACGCAAGCAUGCUGCAGCGCGUCGGGGCUUCGCCUGAGAGUGAGGAAGAGGACGUUGCGCUCAGUGACCUCGGGAGCGACGCAUUUUUGUCGGACAAGGGGCGUGUGCCCGCCAAAGCCGCCCGCGCGCCGCCCUAUUCCCAGGACAUGCUCUGGGCCGAAGAGCUCCAGGCGCAGUGGGAGAAGGACCGCUCGCGCAAGGCCUCCAAGAGGCAGCAGCGCCAGGCCGCGCGGCAGGCGGCCGCCUUUGAUCCGUUCCCCAACACGCAUGGCCACGCGAAGACAACGAAAAAGAGCAAGAAGCAGCGCAAAGAGGAAACACGCGAGCGGCGUGCUGCGCUCAAGGCACUGGUCGACGAUGACGCGCCGGCCGCCACGGCGCCGCCCGACUCGUUCGCGCAGAUCAACGAGUGGAUCGUGCGCUUCCUCAGCGAUCCCGAGCACACCACGCUCACUCUCCCGGCCAUGCGCAAGCGCGAUCGUGCGAUGGUGCAUAAUAUGGCGGACGCCUACGCGCUCAAGUCCAAGAGCCGCGGGCAGGGCCAGGCGCGGCGCCCGAUCCUGUACAAGACGUCGCGCACAGGCACGAUUGUGGACCACAAGCGCGUGUCGCGCCUCGUCCGCACACCAUUCGGUACUAUGGACGACGACACGUUCGAUCACCGCGGCCUCGGACGCAGCGGGCGCGUGCGCAUCGACGUGGCGCCGCGGCACCGCGAGGGGGCACAAGUGGGCGGUGGCGCUAAGCAAAUUGCCGAGGACAACAUCGGGCACCAGCUUCUGCGGUCUAUGGGAUGGACGUCAGGCGAGGGCCUGGGCCAGUCCAAGGGCCGUGCGGAGCCUGUGCUGGCCACCGUCAAGAUGACCCGUAGUGGCUUAGGCAUGUAG